AUGCCAACAGCUCUUGCGGAUAUUUUUACAAAAGAAGUUUGGUACUUUGGAGAAUUUAUGUGUAAAACAGUGCCAUUUCUGGAGAAUACUAUCGCCAAUGCCUCAGUGUUAACUAUUUUGGCAAUCAGUUUAGAAAGAUACCGAGUUGUCUGCUAUCCUCUAAAGGGCGUUGGUGAGAAUUCUGUUAAAGUGUGGAGGAGAAUUUUAAUUGUCUGGGCUAUAUCUAUAGUGUCAAGUGUACCAUGGUUAUUUAUUGCUGUUUUAAGACCGUCAGUAUUUUAUGACGGAACACCAAUACAGGUAUGUCGAAAUCCAAUCGUCAAAAGCUGGCAUAAGAUGUACGUCGUUGGUCUUGCUAUACUCUUCUUUUUACUUCCUUGCUCGGUGAUGCUGUUCCUAAACUGCCAUUUGUGUUGUGUCCUUAAAUCAACUAGAAAGUUUGACGCUUUCAUCCAUGAAAAUAGACGAGAAAGAAAACAUAAACAACAUAAAAUACUGAAUACAAUAGCAUCUCUUAUAUUGAUUUUUUUCAUCUGUCAUUUACCUUUUCGCGUGGCAGUUUUGUGGUUCUCUUUUGAAGAUAAAAAUGUCAUUUGGAAUCUUGGUCUCGAAAAGUUUCUAUUAAUUUUAUAUUCUACAAGACUCAUGUUUUAUACAAACCAUGCACUGAAUCCAGUUGUGUACAAUUUCGUGUCUUCAAAGUUUAGAAAUGCCCUUCGGAUUUUUUGCAGGACAGCUAGUCUAAGAAACUGUUUUGCUUUCAAGUCUCUGUACAAAAGACCAUCCACUUUAGAAACAUUUCGGAGUACGCGUUCUUUAACCAGCCAACGAAGUAACCGGUUGACAUUGACAAAUAAAAUUGUUCUUGGCCAAUUAGACGAGGCAGGUGCGCGCAACUAUCCAAAAAGAGUUCGUGUUGAAUACCCUUGUAAUGGAAACAAUGCAAACAAAGUUUUGGUAACAAAAUAUCUCAACACAGUAAAUGGAUCUUCAUCAUCAUCUUCGUCAGAUGAUGGAAUUAAAGUGAGAAUUCAUAUAGAGGAUCAAAGUGUCGAUAUAAAAUUUAAACUUCAAAGAGUACCAAAUACAUAAUUUUUGGAAAUAUAUUUCAUACUAAAAGCUCAUUGAAACUCUAUCAUACUUAAUUUAAUAUGUUUCUGGUAGCUUUGAUUCGGUUAUGAAGAUAGAUAAUUAGAUAAUACAAAUUAGGGUUGAUUUUAUUAAGAAUUUUAUAUGAUCAGGAGUCAUUUUACCAUGUUUGUGGCAUGGUUAUGUAUAAGUUGAUUUAUUAUAUCACACUUUUUACGAAAAAUGCUACAUACAAUGUCGGUAUACAUGUACAAAGUGAAUGUUUGAGUUUUAAACCCUUACUCUUUGUAGAAAAAGAAAGUUAAAGGCGUGCCCGACUUUCUAGCAAAGUAUUCAAUAUUUAUCAAUCAUUUAUAUGUUUCAAAUUGUUUUAAUGUUCCUUUGAAAUAAAUGAUAUAGUUAUUUUUUAUUCAAAAAAAAUUGGUAAGAAACCAAUGUCCCACUCAUAUUAAGUCAGUUUUAAGAGUACAUAUAAUAGCGCAUAGAGUUACUUUAUAAUUUCGUUUGAUUAAAUUGAUGAAUAACAAUGAAUCAAUUUAAAUGACUCAUCAAAUGAAAAAAAGAAAGUGAUGCAUUUUAUUAUGCUUUUAAUUGAUUGAGCUUUGCCCUUAAAUUUGAUUAAAUUACAUUGAAAACAUGGUAGGAGCUACGCUUAGGUCGACGUCAAUUAAACUUGAUUGAAUUACCUUUAUGGCGAAAUGUAACCCACAUUUUAUCUUGUAUUAUUUGCAUCUUAUAUAACAUUCAUAAAAAUCUACACAUCUAAUAUAUAUUUGAGAAAAGAGUUCAUCGAGGUCGAUUUGGCAGAUGGAUAUAUGAAUUACCUGAUAAUCCAAGAACAAUACAAAUCACAUAUUUAUAGAUGUAUAAAGAGGGUUUUAUGUAAUAGCUAUGUUUGCAACCACAUUUAUUCUCGAAAAAAUUGUACUGUAUAUAUCAAGGUAUAGAUAAUUUAUGUUUUUAUUUUUUUUUCAAUAUGGUAAGAAGGGUAAAUUGUUGGAGAAAAAGGUACAUUUUCACUUUUGUAAAAAGCUGAUGGGAGUUCGAGUGCAAACUCAGAAUAAUUUUGUGAAAGAAGAGAAAAGAGAAUAAAAUUGAUAUGUAAAGAUAUUUUAAGUAUUGCUAUAGCUGCAAUCAUUGAAUGUCGCAUUUCUUGUCAUAUUUUUAAAGUACUGACAAAAACUUGAACAAUUUAAAAUGUUACGUAUGUCAGAAUAGUUUAUGAUUUAUUGUACACAGAAUAGGUUACGUAGACAUGUUAGAGAUUUGAUUCAAUCGUUUGGUUUAAAUGAUGCAUGGCUAUCAAUAUCGGUGAAGUUAAGCAAAGGGUAAAUGAUGUUUUCGUUUAAAAAAGUUUUCAGAAUUGCACGACUCAACAAGAGUUCGAUCUUGUUUUUUUUUUGUAAGUUAGAAACUCAUUAUAGAAGAUGAAUUUCACUUUAUUUGUGAAAUUAACAUAACAUGACUUACGAAAUACUAUUUUUUUUUAAAAACUAAAAACAUAUUUUGCCCUAACGCUGCAAAUAUCUAUAUUCAUAAUCAUAUACAUAAUUAUUUUUUAGUUUGUUUCACUUUUGCACAUCCUUGUUUGAAGGAUGUCAUAUACAAUAAAAUGAACUAUUUGAAAUAUUUAUUGUCAAAAUGAAAAUAACUCCUUUCGCGUAUUUGUAUUUGUACCAAAUAAUGUUACUAAAGUACACAUGUUUGUUAUA